GUUCCAUCACGCAACUUCGGAGAGCCUAGGUUAACCUGCACCACAUUGAAUAUCACCAAUCAAAAGUCCAUGUUCGCCAGCAUUCAACGCGGAUGGACGGAGCGGGGUCGCACUCAGAUCCAGCCGACCGCGGGCGGAACCUCCUUGUUGCGGAGCGCAAGGCUUCCGAAGAACUGGACGCGGCCAAACGCAUCGAAGGGGCUGAUGAUGAUACCUUGACAAAACCGGACAUUCAACCUCCAGCUACAACAGGGAGGGUUCCUUUCCCAGAGAAGCCUGCAGUCAUAGAAGAACGAAAUGGCGAGAUCGAAGUUCGCGUUGUCAAUAAUGACGGCACCAGAGAGAGUACCAUCAUCCUCACAGGUCUCAAAAACCUGUUUCAAAGGCAACUUCCGAAAAUGCCCAAAGAUUACAUCGCACGUCUCGUCUACGAUCGCACUCAUUUGUCCAUGGCGAUCGUCAAGCAGCCUCUGGAGGUCAUUGCCGGGAUAACAUUCCGAGAGUUCCGAAAACGGGAGUUUGCUGAAAUCGUCUUCUGCGCAGUCUCGUCUGAUCAGCAGGUGAAAGGAUACGGGGCGCAUCUCAUGGCCCAUUUGAAAGACUAUGUCAGAGCCUCUUCCCCGGUGAAGCAUUUCUUGACUUACGCCGACAACUUUGCGACCGGGUAUUUUAAAAAGCAGGGAUUCACUAAAGAGAUUACUCUCCCCAAGUCAGCUUGGAUGGGGUAUAUCAAGGAUUACGAAGGAGGGACACUCAUGCAAUGCACCAUGCUUCCCCGGAUUCGUUACAUCGAAGCUGCGCGUAUGCUCCAGAAGCAGAAGGAAACCGUCCAAGCCAAAAUCCGAACAUUGGGUAAAAGCUACAUCAUCCAUCAACCGCCUCCACCAUGGGCCAACGGCCUCACUCCCAUCGACCCGCUCUCCAUCCCCGCCAUCCGGGCAUCCGGCUGGUCUCCAGAAAUGGAUACCUUAUCCCGCGAACCGCGCCGUGGACCUCAAUUCCACGAAUUCCAACGUUUCCUGCACCAAAUCCAAUCACACAGCCAGGCAUGGCCCUUCUUCAAGCCCGUUGACAAGGACGAAGUCCCCGAUUACUAUAAUGUCAUCACGUCACCGAUGGAUCUAUCGACCAUGGAGGAAAAAUUGUACCAAGGUGCAUAUACUACCGUGAAAGACUUCGUUGCGGAUCUCAAGUUGAUUUUCAGUAAUUGCCGGCGGUAUAACGACGCUGCGACUGUAUACGCCAAGUGUGCCGUUAGGCUGGAGAAGUACAUGUGGAGUCUUAUCAAGGAGAUUCCCGAGUGGCAUGACUUACUUGAGAAAUGAUUGUAUUAAGAGUGGAACCUUGGGGCAAUUUUAAUAUACUUGAAUCCCAUGCAACAGGACGGGCGUCUAUCUGAUUAGUUUUCCGCGGCCAGCGAAGUUGGCGCGAAACAGAAUUGUCACGGUGUGCACGGCACGUGCGAGGCCUUCACGAGGACAAUGUUUCAUGAUAAAAGGACCCCGGAUGGGACGUAUGAUUUGGGUGUGAUUGGAGGUGCUGGGGUUGGAGGUGUUUCGUAUGAGGGAGGGCUAGGGGUUCGGUUGCCGCUUGAGGGCGAAGUAACGAUUUACGCAUCUACUCAUGAAUAC